CUGCUACUGCUGUUGGGUUGACCGAGUGAUUGGUAGUUGGCGAAGUAUCGACCGAAGACGGUCAAUUUAGUAGAAUAACUUAAGUGGUGCGAAGGAACGCUGAUGUUAGUUAGGCCAACUGCUGCUGACUAACUGACUUGCGAGUGUGAGUGUGCGUGUUUGUGCCCGAACGAAGUGUUGUUGCAUGGCAUGUGUCAAAAGUGUAAUCGCUGCUGGUGUUGUUGUUUUCUUUUUUGGUGUUAACAUUUUUUUUUUCAAAAGGUUGUUGUUGUCAUGAUUGACGGACAACCAAUUCUUGGACAACAACAAAAAUAAUAGCAAAUUUAAAAAAAAUUAGCCACAGCAAUAAUAAUAAUAACAAUUAAUAAGAGCAACAACAACAGUAAUAAUAGUCAGCAAACAUUCAUCCAUUGUAAGCGGCGGCAGCAGCGACGGCACGGGCAUUAUAAUGCGAUCUUAGUAGAAUAGGGUUUAGUAUGUGCCGCGACAAUAUUUGCAGGUUUAGUCGGUAUUUUACGUUAGAACAUAAUGAUCGUUCCGUUUUGUAUUGUUUGAUGUACGUGCCCCACCAAAUCCAUUAUCGUCCAUGUGCAUCACAUUAACGUGGGAGAACAAUCGGCAAUCAACCGACUACUGUCAAUCAUAUAUCGGCGGUUAAAACCAUAAAACAAAAUACAAUAUCGGUGACAAAAAUUUGGUGAAAAAUUAAAAAAAAUUUAAUAGCUAGAAAAGCUAUUAAAAGAAAAUUAAGACCACAACAAAAUUAAAGUCACGCUUUGGUCGAACAUCGAUGACCAUCAUUACCACCAAUAAAAACGCCGCAAUUCAGUGUCAACAAACCAUAACAAGUGAAAAGUGAUUUAUUUUUUGUUUUUCGCUAAAAUAAAAUCAAUAGAAAAAGCAAAAAUUCUAAAAGAAAGCUCAACAAAAUAAAAAUACCUAUAUCAAUAAAAAUUUUAUGUACUAUACCUACGUGUUUGAAAUAAAAACAAAAAAUUUAGCAAAGAAAAAAUUAAUGCGAAAAAAUAUUUAGAAAAAAAAUCAAAACAACAAAUAAAGAAUAAAAAUAUUCAAAUUGAAAUUAAAUAUUUGCUGUUCUUUAAGUGUGCGCGCCCCGUAGAGUUUCAAUUGUGUACACAACACCGCCACUACAUACUAUUGCCAUAAAGCCGGCACCUCCUCCAUCACCCCCAAUUUCUUCUACUCUAUCAAAACUAGUCAGUCAGAGCAACAACCCAAACUGAAUGAAGUUGAUUUGCAAAAAAAAAAAAAAAAAAAAUUGCGAUUCUCUCUGCCUCCAACUAAAUGAUAUUCACAAAAUUCCCCCAAAUACACUAACAACUACAACAACUACUCCUAGUAGAGACUAAAUUAAAUACAUAACAGCAACAAAACAAACAAACAGCAAUAACACACGUCAUAGUAAUAUGCGUGCAAGUUUGCUUACCUCUAUGGAUGUCUGCAGCGGUGGAUAAGGUGAUUUCUAUUUGGAAAUCAAUUUGUUGGUGUUUUUAAGUGUUUGUUGUUGGGUUUUUUUUUGCAUUAGCAAAAUAUACAAAAACAAAUAAAAGUGUUUUUUUUUUUAUUAAAAAAAAGUGAAGAAACAAAAAGAAAAGAAAGAAAGAAAGAAACUAUUACAACAACAUCAUUGUUGCCAAAAAAUUGCCAACUACAUAUUCUCGCAGACUCCCAGAGUUGUUCAACCCUCUCUCCGUCUCUCUCUCUCUCUCACUCGCACCAAUGUUUACCAACAUUCUCAAAAUGAAAACGGAGCUAAUCACCAGCAGUGGUUUCGAUGACACCUACAUGUUUGAUGAUAAUCUGUUGCAUAUGAUAGAUCCCGAGAAUCAUAUGCUACAUUCGGAGGCAAUAUCAGUAGCAAACACUACGGCCCAUAGUCCAGUGAGUCAAGAGCUGAGCCCCAUAGGUACUUUGGGACACAAUAGCAACAGUAAUCACAGUAAUGCCAAUUCCCCGGCCAGUACGGGCAGCAAUAACAACAGUACAUCCUUUGCUGCUGCCAGCAAUGGCAAUAACUCACAAUCAUCGACAGUGUGUGCAAUAUGCGGAGAUCGGGCCACGGGCAAACAUUAUGGAGCCUCAAGUUGUGAUGGCUGCAAGGGUUUCUUUAGAAGGAGUGUGCGUAAAAAUCAUCAAUAUACCUGCAGAUUUUCCCGCAAUUGUGUGGUGGAUAAAGAUAAACGCAACCAAUGCCGCUAUUGUCGUCUGCGCAAAUGUUUUAAGGCCGGCAUGAAAAAGGAAGCUGUACAAAAUGAACGUGAUCGUAUUAGCUGCAGACGCACCUCCAAUGAUGAUCCAGAUCCUGGCAAUGGUUUAUCCGUGAUCUCUUUGGUCAAGGCGGAACUAGAGAGUAGGCAAUCCAAGGCGGGUGCCGCCAUGGAAACCAAUGCCAAUGAAGAUCUCUCUACCAAACAAUUUGCCAGCAUUAAUGAUGUGUGUGAAUCUAUGAAACAGCAACUACUGACCCUAGUCGAAUGGGCGAAACAUAUACCGGCUUUUAAUGAUCUGCAAUUAGAUGAUCAGGUGGCUCUGCUUAGGGCACAUGCUGGAGAACAUUUGCUGUUGGGCCUAUCCAGAAGAUCGAUGCAUUUAAAAGAUGUGCUCUUGUUAAGCAAUAAUUGUGUGAUCACCAAACAUUGCCCAGAUACCCGUGUUUCACCCAAUUUGGAUAUAUCACGCAUUGGAGCCCGUAUCAUAGAUGAAUUGGUUAUGGCCUUAAAAGAUGUUAACAUCGAUGACACCGAACUGGCCUGCAUUAAGGCUUUGGUCUUUUUCGAUCCCAACGCCCGUGGUUUAAAUGAACCCCAACGCAUUAAAGCUCUGCGCCAUCAAAUUCUUAAUAAUUUGGAGGAUUAUGUCUCCGAUCGUCAAUAUGAAUCGCGUGGACGUUUUGGUGAAAUUUUACUCAUACUACCAGUUUUGCAAUCCAUAACCUGGCAAAUGAUCGAACAAAUACAAUUUGCAAAAAUAUUUGGUGUGGCCCACAUUGAUUCAUUGCUGCAGGAAAUGUUAUUGGGAGGAGAACUGGCCGACAAUAACACACCGCUGACACCACCCAAUCUUAACAACUACAGUCCCACACAUGGCCUUGAUGUUAGUCAGGUCACAUCUUCCUUGGAUGUGCUAUCAUCACCCACAAGCAGUGAUCACUUAAACGAUGCCAUAUCCACAUGCAUGGAAAACACGCUCGAAGCCCAACUUAUGAUGGAUAGCAGUGCGGUGAAUGGUCAUCAUUUUAAUUUGGGAGUCCCAUUGAUCUCAAGAUCACCACAAGUGUCGUCGGCCAGCGGCCAGCAAAUGCGUCGCGACAACAACAGCUCGCCACUGAUGAAUGACGGUGAGCGAAGCAAUGAGGCAGAUGCCUCAAGGCAUAACAGUAGCAACAAUAACAGCAAUAGUUAUUUGGAUUCUUAUGGCCAUUUAAGGGCAACAACAAAUGUAGUCUCCACUCUGCACAGUCAUUUGCAGCAACAGUCAAACAUGCACCAGCCUCCCACCUCGCCCCAAACACAACAUCAUCAUCAGGCUCAACAUAUGCAACAUAGCAUGGGGCCGGGUCCCAUGUCCCAUUCACCACCUUUGCAUCGUAGUCACCCCUACCAAAGAUCCGAGUCCGGCGCAACAUCAUCGUCGGCGGCCGCAGCAGUCAUUAACAACAACAGUGGCAAUAAUGCUGGCCAGGGUCGCAAUCCCGCCGAGAUGACUCUAAACGAAUACAAUCGCUCGGAGGGCAGUGCCGAGGAAAUGCUAAGGAGGGCUCCCCUGAAAAUACGUUCCUCGGAGGCGUUAAGCGCCAUGGCCAACAGCAGCAACAAUUCACCAUCUAGCCAAACACCCACCACAAGUUCUUCCAGUUAUAUGUUAAAUGCCAUGCAUGAUGUAGGCGAAGCCUAUCGCAUGACACUGAAACAGGAACCGGAAACAGGUUACUAAGUGCCUUUCCAACACACUAAACAUAAAAAAACAGAAAAAAAAACUUUUCCUUAUAGGGAAAAAGGGUACUCUUUACACAUACACACACACACACACACAUAUAACUAUAGUUAUACAUAUAUAAUUAUGUAUUUAAUUUAAGGAUUUAUGGAUCAGUUAAAGGUUUAUUGAUAGUCUAGUUCUUCUUAAUAAGUUUUGUUUUUUUUUAAACUGUUGAAAUUUUGUUAAAUAAUGUUUUAGCUUAGUUUGGUAAUUAGGUUUUAUUCUAUCAAAUAUUCCCCUUGCAAACCCACCCUUUCAUCAUUCUUCCACUUCUUAGCCUUGCCCCUGCCCCCGACCCAGGCCUUAGUCUUUGUCAAUACAUACGCAUAGUCUUCCUUUAUGAGCAUCUAGUUUCUAAGAUUUGAGACUAAAGUAAACUGACAUUUUUUUUUUAUUUAUGUAUGGUCAUACAUAUUUUGAAUUUUUUAUUUGGAACAAUUAUUGUGAAUUGUAAACAUUUUUUAUAUGGCUUAUCGUUAUCAUUAUUAUGAUUUCUUUUUAUUAAAAAAAUUUAAUUUUUUUAUUUUAUUUCAUAAAAU